GGUAAAUGAAGCAAAGUGCGUUGCGAUAAUUCACUGCCAGUAAGUUUAUUAAUACUCCAUAUGCAAAUGAUGAAACACAACAUGUUGCCAGGACGUCAAAAUAAGCUCUGGAAUUGUUACUAAAUUGAAGGAAACAAUAAUAGUAUGGCUAUUGUAGUUCAAAUCAAACUUUAAUUCAACCAGUAACGCAGAAGCCUUAAUUGAGACGACGACAGUCAUUGUACAUUGAAGUGUAGGAGUGAGGACGUAGUUCGGCAACUGUUAGUUGCAGCUACCUACAUGUACACCAUCUGUGGUUCAGUUUCGCCAAGACUACAUGGAAAUUAGCGAAAUCUAAUAUAAAACUUGGCGUGUAAACACUAAGCACCAACGCAAUAGAACAAGAGAUGAAAUGCAAACACAAAACCAUGGAAAAAAAGUAUGUAGCAUAUAGCUAGACAACUGGACAAACAUGACAUGCUCUAGUAAAUGUCUAAAAAGCUGUGUCGACUGAAAACUGAAUGAACACAUUAUAAAGAAGGAAAUGGGCCCAGUAAUGAUUUCCCAACUCGUACUGUGGAUAUUGUUCAUGACGAAACUUAUAGGAUCGCAUGGGUCUUCGGAACCGCAUGACUCAUCAGAAUCGCACCAGUGCUACGAGAUGGAGUACGGGGAUUGCGUGUUCUAUGAUCCAUCGAUAUGUAUGGUUAUAUCAACCGCAAAAGCUACAUACGCCCAAGCAACAGAGUGUUGUGAGAGUAGCAGUUUCACUCCUGAUGGUGGUAUUUCAAGUACUACAGGCCAUCUUGCAUACCUUAUCGAAGAGGAGCUGUGGAGUUGGCUCAACUCACAUAUUACUUCAGAAAUAAAGAAUUGGAACAAGGCUUAUUGGAUUGGUUUGGAGUAUUCGGAAACAUGUCAAUGGUGCUGGCACAACGGCUCGAAAGCAUCUUACGCAGCUUGGAAGGUCGGGGAACCAGACUAUCCGGAGUUGGAGCAAUGUGUCCUCAUUCAAAUUGGAACAAAGACAACAGAAAUAAAUCGGUGGGAAAGCAAAGACUGUUCAUACAAGGCGCGUUACAUCUGUCAAUUUGAUAUCUUGGAUAUUAAUAGUGACAACUCUACAACCAGCAAUUCAUUGAACACUAGAGACAAUUCAAUGACUAAAACAAGUGCUUCAACUAGUAGAACAAAUUCCCCAACCAGUAAAACAAAUGCCCCAGCCAGUACAACAAAUUCUUUGACCAGUACACAUGCUCCAACCAUUACAACAGAUGCUCCGACCAGUACAAUGAAUGAUUUAACCAGCAUAGCAAAUGCUGCAGCCAGUGCAUCAAAUGCUCCAACAAGUAUUAGGACAACAAAUCCUCCGAACAGUGCCGCGAGACAUUCGACUAGCUAUAGUGCAGAAGAUGAAAAGGUCUCUUUCCAACUUCGUCCAAGUGCCUCAAGUCAACUCAAAUAUAUCGCCGAUGUAGUUGAGCAAACAGCGGGAAAUAUGACGCCAGAAGACAUAAUGAAAACAGUUCACUUUCUUGGUGUUCAAGUGGAAUGGAUCGUGGAUUCGAAUAUGGAUGGGUCCCACUUAAAUUAUUCUAUGCAGUUGAUAGCAGACUUAGUAAACAAUUUACUAAGUGACGCAAAUAGGAAAGGUAUGGACACUUUACAAAAUAUCUGGAAUACCGGCAGUGAAUUGAUGUUUCACGUUGAAAAAUUAGCUGCCCAUAUCUUCACCACCAUGCUUCACGAAGAAGAGUACGAAAUAACCAGAGAUUGUAUUGUCUUUUACGCCAGGAGGUCACGCUUGAAGGAUUUUGGGACAAUGAACACAUACAAUGAUGCAAUGGGUGUCACAAAGCUCCAUGCCAAUGUUGACGUGCUUCACCAAGACCAUUCACUGGAUUCAAACGUCACUGUUGUGCAUAUUAUGUAUAAAGACAUGUGGAGAAUGCUACCAAGUAACUAUACUGGAGUUAAAAGUGUUGACCGUGUUGGUAGUAACGUCAUAUCUGUCCAAGUAUUGCUUGAGAGGGAUCCCGUCAGCGUUCCAAUACUAUACUCCCUUCAAACAAUUAACCAAAAUGACAGCGAUGCAGCUGGAAUCUGUGUGUUCUGGAUGUUUAACUCGAGUCUACCAACUGGAGGAAUGUGGAGUUCUGAAGGCUGCGAAAGCAUAGAGAUUGGCAGUGAAACUACACACUGUUACUGCAAUCAUACUACAAACUUUGCCGUACUCUUGCAAGUGGUGGACAUUCAGAUUGUGACUGGUCAUAGUCAGGCGUUGGACAUCAUCACUUACGCAGGCUGCAGCAUCGCAACUGUUUGCUUGUUGGCUUCCUUUGCUGUCCUCCUCACUACUCGCUCGCUUGACUCUGAUCGUAUGACAAUUCAUAAGGUUCUCAUCGCAGUCAUCUCAUCUGCCAAUAUUACUUUCUUGGCGGGCCAACAAGCGGUUGGAAAUCAGCUGGCGUGUCGUCUUGUUAGUGUUCUGCUUCACUUGCUCUGGCUGUCCGCAUUCGCGUGGAUGUUGGUUGAGGGACUCCAUCUUUAUCUCUAUGUUAUUGUCGUAUACCAGUCCAAACUUAGGAACUUGAAGGUUUACACUCUUAUUGGUUUUGGGAUCCCAGUGUUGAUAGUGGGUGUGUCAACUGCGUCUGGAUUCUACGGCUAUGGGCUCAACAAUGAUCAUUGCUGGCUAUCUAUUGACACAGGCCUUAUUUGGGCAUUCGCUGGACCAGCCAUUCUUAUACUCUUGAUGAACAGUGUUCUAUUGGCAUUCGUGGUAAGGGCAAUAAUGAAGGCAACCAUUGUACAUAAACGAUCGGACUACCAACAUGUCAAAGCUGGAUUAAAAGGAACUCUGACAUUAACUCCCAUACUUGGCUUGACAUGGGCGUUUGGUUUAUUAGCUGUAAAAGAAGAACUAGUGGCAUUCAGUUAUAUAUUUGCUAUCCUCAAUUCAAUGCAGGGUGUGUUCGUGUUUUUGUUCUUCAUCGUUGGCAACUCGGAGGUGCGGACAGCUGUAGCAAGGGAGGCGAAGAAAAGAGCUAACGCUGUGAGAUUACAUGCUUCACAAUUUAACUCCAGCUCGGUGCCUCAUAUAAACUCUGGACAGUUGAGCAGUCAAGAUGGCCAAUCACGGAGAAGUUCUGCUAAAAGUUCCCUGGAAGUGAAACAAUUUAUGCCAAUUCUCGAAGAAGCUGAAAACGCGCCAAAAAGACAGGAACGUGAACACUCUAAUUCAAAAUUUUCUAAAAAUGAUGUAUGUAUAAUAGAGAGUACCAUGCAUGGGUCGGAUAAUGCAAGUUUUGAACAUGAUAAUGAGAAUCCAUCGGAAACUAAAAUGAUAGAGAAAGCUGUAUCACUGUACACAGCACAGCUUAGUUGCAGUAAUAUUUCUCUAAGGGACAAUACUGGAGUAUUGGAAGAUCUAGAUGCAGGUGAUUAUUCUGACUUAGAUAAUUCUGACAUUCUCUCUUUGAGGUCACCUUCGUCAUUAAGUAAGUACUCAUUUAACGGUGAUAAUCAUUUAGUUGAAACCAAAAACAAUGUAUCUCAUUAUGGUAGAACAAGGUCAAAAUAUAACACUAGGUCCAGCAAUAAAGAAAGAUCUGCAUCAAACAGUGAAUCAUGCACAUCUGACAAUGUUUCAAGAUUAAACAGUGGAUCAUCAAGGUCAAGCAUUGAAUCAUCAAGAUCAAACAGGGUAUCAUCAAGACCAAACAGUGGAUCAUCACUGUCAGACAAUGGGUCAUCGAGGUCAAGCAAUAGAUCAUCAAGGUCAAAAAGAGAAUCAUUAAGGUCAAAUAGUGUAUCUUCAAACAGUGUAACUAGUGGAUACAGUAGUUCCAGAUCAAGGAUUGGUAGUAUUGCAAGAACAUCAAGUUCAACGUCUGCAAAUAGUUUCAAAUUAUGUGAAAGACAAUUUGUGAGAAGAGCAAGUACUCAAAGUGAGGUUCUCUUCACUGGGAAUGAAGUGUUAAAAGUGCAGAAGGAGAACUCCUGGGUGGAGGGAGGUAAACAAACAAAGAGAAGACAGCAAAGCAGAACGCCAAGGAUCAUUGUACAGAAUUUUGAAGAUGUUGUUUUACAAGAUAUAUAGUUCAUGUGUUGUCCAUAUGAUAUGUAAUGAAAUUGUACAUACUAGCUUAUUAUAACACUGAAAUAUAACACCUGCAUUCAAAGCAGUAGAUUAAGGAAAUAAACUUUAUGUGUUCAAUAGCUGAUAUUUGUGAUUUUACUAAGAACUAUACAGACUGUCCCGAAACACUUGAAAAUUGAACCCAGACAAAUGUAGAAUAACUUUGAAUAAUGAAGGAAUAUUCUUCUGAUAGACACUUUG